CGCCCCUUCCGAUAUCGAGCUUCUCGGACGCUCCUUCUUCCCUUCCCUUACCCUCACACCGGCCCUCUUCCUCCCUCCGCCAAACAAUGUCGGAGCGCACGCCCCUCCUCGCCAACCAGGCCAACGCCGCCUCGCGGCCCGGCGGCCUCGGCACCUUCUCCUCGCAGCCCGCACAGCAGAUGACCGACGAGGAGAUUCUCGCGCAGGAGAGCGCCUUUAGCGCCAUUCGCGAUGCCUCGCACGGCGUCGACCCCAACUCGUCGGCCUUUGCGCCCCCACCGGAUCAGAGCCACUUUAGCAUCAACCCCUCGGGCCUGCGCGUGCCCGACGCCAUUGCAGAGGAGCAGGAGACGCGUCGCCCCGAUCUGCUCAUUAUCAUGGGCGCCAUGUGGAUUGGCACAUUCGUCGCAGCCCUCGACGGCACCGUCGUCGCCACCAUUCUCUCAAAGGUCGGCAGCGAGUUCCACGUCAGCAAGGAGGUUGGGUGGCUGGGUACCUCCUACCUGCUCACGCAGACGGCCUUCCAGCCGCUGUACGGGCGUCUAUCGGACAUUUUCGGGCGCAAGCCAGCUACGCUCUUUGCCUCCGCCGUGUUUGCGCUGGGCACGCUUUUGUGCGGCCUGUCGCAGACGUUUGGGCAGCUGUGCGUGGCGCGUGCCAUUGCGGGCAUUGGCGGCGGCGGCCUUACGAGCAUGAGCACCAUCGUCACCUCCGACCUCGUCUCCAUCAAGGCACGCGGCACAUGGCAAGGACUCGGCAACCUCGUCUUUGCCACUGGUGCCGCCGUCGGCGGUCCCCUCGGCGGCGCACUCGCCGAUGGCGGCCUUGGCUGGCGCACUGCCUUUCUCAUGCAGGUGCCCCUCUGCUUCAUCCACUUUGCCGUCGUGUCGUGGAAGAUUGACAUUCCGGCGGGCCCCGGAAGCAUGAAGGAAAAGUUCAAGCGCAUCGACGUCUUUGGCGCGCUGACGCUCGUGUCGAGCAUCACGCUGCUCCUGGCAGGCCUCAGCAUGGGCGGCAACGAGCGCGAGUGGAGCGACAGGCUCGUCGUCGGCAGCCUGGUGGGCGGCAUGGUGAUCCUCGUCCUCUUUGUCCUCGUGGAAAAGUACGUGGCACGCGAGCCCAUCAUGCCCCUCAAGGUCCUCUUUUCGCGCACGCCCGCCGCCGUGGCGCUCGCGUGCUGGUUCAUCAGCAUGAGCCAGUUUGGCAUUAUCUUCAACGUGCCGAUGUACUUCACCAGCGUCGAGGGCACCUCCUCGUCGUACGCCGGCCUGCAUCUCAUUCCCAACGCCAUAGUCGCCUCGUCGUGCUCGCUGGGCGCGGGCCUGAUGAUGGCGCGCACGGGGCGCUACAAGCGCAUGAUGCUCCUCGGCGGCGCCUGUGCCUUCAUUGGCCCGCUGAGCAUGUGCUUCUGGCAGCGCGGCGUCACGCCCGAGUGGCUCUACUGGAUCACGAUGCCGUUUGGCGGUGCGGCAUUUGGCAGCACCUUGACGAUUACCCUCGUCGCCCUCAUCGCCUCGAUCGAGCCGAGCAUGAUGGCCGCCGCGACGGGCGUCACGUACCUCUUCCGCGCCACGGGCUCCGUGCUCGGCAUCAGCCUGUCCAACGCGCUCCUGCAGGGCAAGCUGCAGGCCAACCUUGCCGCCUCCGGUCUCUCCGCCCACACCAUCCGCGCCAUCCGCUCCGACGUCUCGACGAUCUGGAAGCUGCCCGUCAAGCAGCGUGGCCUGGCCGUCGAGGCCAUGCAGCUCUCGUUCCGCUGGGUCUUCAUCGGCAUUGCCGCGACCGGCCUGCUCGCCUUCCUCUGCCUCUGCUUCGUCCCCGAACACCCGCUGCCCGGCUCGCCCUCCAAGACGCCGGCCGCGGCGGCGCCGCGCGCAGAGACAAUCGCAGAGGAGGAUGAGGAGUAAGAAAGGCUCUCCCGGGCGGGCGCUGCCUCAUCUGAAUCCCCCCCC